AUGACACCAACAACGACAACGACAGACACCGGAGUGAGACGAUGUCUUUCGAUCAAAAAUCGAUGGAACCCGUCGAGACCUUUUUACGUCCCUCUGUUAGCGCGCGCGUUUCGUCCGGAUUUUUCCUUCUCGGAACAAAAUUCCGAGGACGCGUUGAAAGCGAGAAGAGAGACAAAAACGAAGAAGACAAACUUUAAGAGGAGCGCGGACGACGACGAUGAUUUUUUGUCCUCAUCUUCGGAAGGGGGGGUCACGUUUGAAUCGGAAAUAGGUCAGAGACGAUACCAGUUUUGCUUAAAAACGAUUGGUCAGGAGGUGAGGAGAGAAAAUCCAGAGCUCGUGGAGUUGGUGGUGACGUCGUUAUUGAGAGCGACGGAAUGCGACGUGGCGAGGACGUUGCACCGGGCGCAGCAGUAUUUUGAUUUUUACGUGGACGUGUUCGGGAAGUUAUCGUUUAAGCAAACGUUAAAGGACGAUGAGCAGUUAAGAAAGAGCUUUGAAUCCGGCGUUUUGCAGGUUCUCGAAAAUUGCGACGAUAAAGGACGAAGCGCGAUUAUCCUUUUGUUCAAUCGGAUGUUGCCGGGACAAACGGAAUCGAGCGGGAUGCAGAUGAUACGAAUGAUCAAUUACAUAAUCCUUCGUACGCUGAAAAAUUAUCCGACGACGCAGAAACACGGGAUCAUAGUUAUUCCCGAUAUGGGCGGAUUUUCCUACGAAAACUAUUCGUUUUCAAACGGUCGAACGAACUUGUACGUGAUUAGCAAAUUUUUACCGUGUAAAAUUCACAAGUUUUGCUUGUUGCGACCGUUGUAUUUCGUAAAGUUUGUGCUGCCAGCGCUGAAAUCGUUCGUAUUCCCGGGUCCGAUGUCCGCAAACGUGCACAUAUUAACGCAAGAUCCGAGAGAUUUGCUCAGGGAACCUAUAAAUUUAAGAGCGGAGAUUUUACCGCCGAUGUACGGCGGCACGAACACGAGUUACGAUUUCAUCCCGCGCCUCCGAGGGUGGGAGUUAGAGGAAGAAGAGACGGAGUUUAGCGAGAUGGGGAGUUCGAAUCAUCACAACGACAACAACAACAACAACAUGGAAGAAGAAAUCGGCGACGACAAAGAAAGCGGAUUCGCGCGCGAGCUCUUUAAACGCCAAGACCAAUUCGGAAACGAUAUCGCCAUGGACUGCGCGAGAGCGCCUUCGAGAGAGAGCAACGACCUCAACGACGACGACGACGAUUUUAGUCAUAAUAACGAGGAGGACAAAACGUCAGGGGGAGGAAACUUUUUGACCUCCUCUUUCGAUGAUAACAAUACAUACGAUUCCGCCGACGAUAAAAGUUUUACGAAUAAAAGUUUCGAAGUUUUAUAA